AUGAGUUGUUUCGAAUUUUGGUAUAGUGAUGACGGCAGUGAAGUUGACGAUGAACACUCUCUAGUACGCUUAGAACGACGAAAAAUUAGAGACUCGAGUAAUCCUUUAGAUAUGCCUCACGAUGCAUUUAUAAAGUAUUUUCGAGUUUCCAAAGAGCUGUUUAGCUAUUUGUUGAACAUUGUUGAAAACAGAUUAGGUUCAUCAGUAGGAUCUGUAUUACCAGUAAUAAAAUUGUCGGCAGCGUUGCGGUUUUUUGCUGAAGGUAGCUACCAAAAGGGAGUUGGUAAUGAUUUGUUUGUAGGGAUGGCGCAACCAACUUUGUCAAAAUCGCUAUCACUUGUAAUUGAUGUUUUAGAAUCUGAGGUCUGUCCUAGUGCCAUUAGAUUCCCUAUCAAUGAAAUGGAAAAGAAUGCAAUAAAACUUGCGUUUUAUGAAAAAACUGGAUUCCCAGGAAUCAUAGGAUGUGUUGAUGGCACUCAUGUGAAGAUUAUUACUCCAAGCUCGAAUGUACAACAUCUUUAUUACAAUAGGAAAGGCUUUCAUAGCUUCAACAUAAUGCUUGUAUGUGAUCAUAAACUAAAAGUCCGCUAUAUAGAUGCGAACAAUCCCGGGUCCAAUCACGACUCGUUCAUAUGGAACAGUAGUCCUCUAAAUGGAAUGUUAAAUGAAAUGCACCAAAACGGCGAACAUAACACCUGGCUUUUAGGUGAUGCUGGAUAUCCACUUAAGCCGUACCUAAUAACUCCUUACCGUUCGACUACACGAACUCCAAGCUCACCAAGUCAAGCAAGAUUCAAUGAGAUGCACUCAAAAGCACGAAUGACUAUAGAACGAACAAUCGGAGUGUUGAAAAAUGUAUUCCGGUGUGUUUUAGGUGCUCGGCAGUUGCAUUACAAACCAAAAAAAGCAGCAAAAAUUGUAAAUGUAUGCGCCGCACUGCACAAUUUGAGAUUGCAGUUCAAUGUCCCAGCAAAUAGUGACAGUUUUGAAUCUAUCGCGGAUAAUGAAAACGGAGAUCCCGAGUUCUAUGUUAAUGAAAACGAAAAUCAAAUUCUAGCCGACGAAAUAAGAAAUCAAAUAAUGAACUCGAUUGUUUAA